AUGUCUUCUCGCGGUGCUACACCCGGUUCAUAUCAUAGAACAGGAACACAAGCUUCGUUAUAUCAACAAAUAUCAUUAGGUGUUCGAACAAAACCUAGACAAUCAUCCGUUAAUCGAGAAUACUUGCAUAAUAAACUAUGGAAAUUCUUUCGACUUGUUCGUCAUGCUGUUCGUGUUUGUUUAAUUGUUAGAAAAUAUGCUAUUGAAUCAUUGCGUGAUCAUAGAGAACAACUAUGUAAUAAUUCAGAAAUUCUCUUUGAUCUUAGUAAAUUUCGACGACCGGUUGAGGAAACAAUUGGAAGAAAUAUUCGAAAGAUUUUAAAAUCUGAUCCAGCAACAAGAACAGAAGAAGAAGUUCGUUUAGCUGUUGUUGGUUUGGGUCAAACUAUUUCAUCAUUUACAGAAUUUCCACUUCAACGACAAUAUGCUUUAGCACGUAUCGCUAUCUUAGAAGAAUUUGAAAGAGGUCGUGUAAUUCUUCGUGAAGGACAUCGUGCAGAAAAAUUUUAUUUAGUUGUGGAUGGUAUCACUGAUGUCUACAAAUUACGAGAAAAUCCGAUAACACAUACAUUUAGUUCAAGACUUGUUGCUGCACUUAAGAAAGGCAGUUCUUUCGGUGAGGUUGCUUUAAUUAAUGCACAGAGACGAACAGCAACAGUUUCUUGUCAUACUGAUGUGACAAUGCUUGCAAUUGAACAAGAAGAUUUUAUAAAAAUAUUUAUGGCAAAUGAUAGAGAAAAUGAACCAGAUUUUAUAACAUUUCUAAGACAAAUACCCGAAUUUCGUGGAUUUCCUAUUGAUAAAAUUCCACAUAAUAAUCCAAAUAUUUGUCAAGUUGUUUAUUAUCGAAUAGGAACACUAAUGUGUAAAGAUUCAAAUGAAGAUGAAUGGAUUUAUGUUAUUCGUACAGGUUCUUGUCGUGUUAUAAAAUCAUUAACACAAGUGACACCAAAAUUAAAAACAAGAAAAAGACCCGAAGUUAUUUAUGACAGUUUUGGUACAAAACGUAUUUCACAAUACAGUAUGGAAGCAUUAGGCACAUUUAAUAAAAUUAGACCAGUGAUUAAACCAGGUAAAUGUUAUACGGAAAUCGAACAAAUUCGUGUAAAAAGUGUUUUUGGUUUGGUGAGCGUCGUUUUCGGACGAUUAAAAAACGCACUUAGUGUUACAUUAGUCUCUGAUGGUGCUGAAUGUAUUCGAAUACGUAAGAGUUUUUUUAUUAAAAUGACACCAGAACCUUUAUUUGAUCGUUUACGACGUGAAGUUCGACCAUAUGUAACUGAUGAAGAUUUACAGAAAAAACUUCAACGUGAAGUCGAUUGGACAGCAUAUAAACAUUUACUUGUACAAAAAAUUUAUAAUCGAAAUAUGAAAAAUAAUUUAGCAACAUUUGAUUAUUAA